AUGUCGUUCUUCAUUGAAAAUCCCCAUGUCGGGGACCACAACAACCUGGAAGAUUCACGAAUCCGCGGUUAUAAUCCCCUUACACCCCCCAACCUUCUUCAGCAUGAAAUCUCCUUGACGGAGAAGUCGCGGGAAAGCGUAUUGAAGGGACGUCAGGAAGCGGUUGCGAUCGUGCAUGGUACUGAUACCGAAAGGCAACGUCUGAUGGUCGUGAUCGGCCCUUGCUCGAUUCACGACCCGGAGAUGGCUUUGGAAUACUGCGAUCGAUUGAUGAAAAUGAAGGAGAAGUACGCUGAUGACCUUCUGAUCGUCAUGCGCUCGUAUCUCGAGAAGCCCCGAACGACAGUUGGCUGGAAGGGCUUGAUCAACGACCCGGAUAUCGACAACAGCUUCCAAAUCAACAAGGGUCUGCGCGUGUCUCGACAGCUCUUCGUCGAUUUGACGAACAAGGGUAUGCCCAUUGCCAGCGAGAUGCUUGACACCAUCUCCCCUCAGUUCUUCUCCGACUGUCUUUCGGUCGGUGCGGUCGGUGCCCGGACCACCGAGUCUCAGGUUCACCGUGAGCUGGCCUCCGGUCUGUCCUUCCCCGUCGGUUUCAAGAACGGCACGGACGGCUCGCUCGAUGUCGCAAUCGAUGCUAUUGGCGCCGUUCAACACCCUCACCACUUCCUUUCAGUCACCAAGCCUGGUGUUGCCUCCAUCGUCGGAACCGUUGGCAAUCCGGAUUGCUUCGUCAUUCUCCGUGGCGGCAAGAAGGGCCCCAACUAUGAUGCCGCUAGCAUCAAGGAAGCUAAGGCCAAGCUGGAGGCCAAGGGUGUCGCUCCUCGUCUGAUGGUUGACUGCAGCCAUGGUAACUCCGAGAAGAACCACAAGAACCAGCCCAAGGUCGCCAAAGUGCUCAGUGAGCAGAUCGCCGCGGGCGAAACUGCAAUCAUGGGUGUCAUGAUUGAGAGCAAUAUCAACGAGGGCAACCAAAAAGUCCCGCCCGAGGGCAAGGCUGGUCUCAAAUACGGAGUGAGCAUUACUGACGCCUGCAUCAACUGGGAGGACACCGAGACAACACUAGAGACGUUGGCUCAGGCCGUACGUGCUCGGAGGGAGAAACUCAACGGUAGCGCUUAA